UCAAAAGACUAUUCUUCUAAACCAUCACUUUUGAAGGACUAUUUCUGUAAGUACCUAACUAUCUCUUUUUGAGGAACCAUACAUCUCCGAUUUAUCUCUGAAAACCAGAUUCAAACUAAAUCAAUGUUCAUAAACACAUAGGACUGGCUAUCUUCAUGAGACGCUCUGAAUCAUUUCAUGUUCCACGUAAGACAUCAUCACGUGUUUGGGAUGAUGACCCUCGAUUGAUUCCCGGCCUUCCUGAUGAAACCUCUCUUCAGAUUCUUGCUAGAAUUCCCAGAAUUCGAUAUUUGAGUUUGAAGGCCGUAUCGCGCUCCUGGAAAGCUGCAGUAACAAGCCCUGAAAUAUACAACAUCAGGAAACAAUUAGGCACCACGGAGGAAUGGGUCUACAUUGUGAUGAAUAAGGGGCUUGAUGGACGUUUCUUGCACGCGUUGGACCCCAUUUCUAAAACAUGGCAAAGAUUGCCACCUGUUAUUCCUAAUCGAAGUUGUAAGAUCGAGCAUCGUACUUGUGCUUUUGCAGCUGUUGAUGGCUGCCUAUACAUGCUAGGAGGGGUGUCUGGAUGUUCUAGUUUGACCAGUGUCUGGAAAUACGACCCGGUUUCAAAUUCUUGGAGUGCAGCAAACCCCAUGUCUGUUGGUAGAGCUUAUUUUGAAACCGGAGUGUUAAACAAUAAACUGUUUGUCGUUGGCGGCAUUAGCUUUAGUCGUGUUGGUGGUGAUAAUCUUUAUAGUGAAACCCCGCUACAGUCAGCAGAGGUUUUUGAUCCCGAAAUCGGGUUGUGGUCGGAUAUACCAAGCAUGCCAUGUUCAAAAGCAAACCCAACUGCGUUUUUAGAAGGUUCGCAUGACUUGGUUAGAAUAGGAUUGGCUUCUUACAGAGGAAAACUAUAUGUUCCUCAGAGGUUUUCCUCUGUUGGUGGUGGUGAAGUUUAUGAUCCUGAAACAAAUUUAUGGAUGGAUAUGCCAACGGGCAUGGCUGAAGGUUGGCCCCCCUGCUUCGGCACCAAUCAGAGUGUGAUUGUUGAUGGUGAUCUGUAUGCACUUUAUCGUGGACUUUCUUCUGAAGAUGCAAAAGUAUAUCUUUAUAAUCAUCACGAUGCUUCUUGGAAAGUGGUUGUAGGAUACGUGCCUUUACAUGACAAAUCACGAUAUAUGCUCAUGGGUUUACUUGGGAAGCUUCAUGUGGUCACUGAAGACGAUAAUGAUAACAUUAUAGUAAUGCGGGCUGAUAAACGAGAUGAUUCGACUGCAUCAUUAGAUGAAAGAGAUUCUGAAUCAGUGACGACUUCUGAGUCAUAUAUCUGGAAUGUGAUUGCUUCCCGGAAUUUUGGUUUUGGCAUUCUUGAGGGCUGUCAAAGUCUUGAUAUAUAAGUGGAUUCGUUUCUAAACCAAUAAGUAUGGUGAGAACCGCAAAAUGCAUCUCUCUUUCUAGCUACCUUCUACUAUAUUUUAUGUCCUACGUACAACAAAUCUAAUAUGCGGUUCUUGUGGUUGGUUUUUGAAGCGAAGGUUGCCUCUUAUAUAGAAGUUCACCAUGUGAGUAGUGUUUGAAAUCUUCAGUAUGAUCUUUAUAAUUGGGGAUUUAAGAUGAUGGAAACAGUAACUACUUAUUUUCUGUUAGCUUCCUUAUAUUACUACUAGUUCACAAGCUUUUGUUUGACUUGUAAAAUGGAUGGUACAUUCUGUGGCUUGUGAAUUAAGUCGACGAGCGUCAUUUCUAACCUG